AUGGCAGUGGUGGCAUGUGGCACUGGCGACCUUGUCAUCAACGCUGCCGAUGCCUCCGGCGACAGUGCCAGGGAAAACGUUGAACCUAGACCUCACGCAGACUCCAGCAUCGACAGGCUGAGUUCCACUAAUGUUCAAGAUGCGGGCCCACUCCAUCGUUCAGCCGAAACACUGGCCACUGUGCCAGCCGAUCCAAUUUGCGAUCGCCUCGCAGCGGCAGUCGAACCGCUUGAAGCAUCCCUUGGCCUUGCCGUCCUUGCCAUCCUGCUUAUCUUUCCCGCCACCAUUACCUCCGUUCCCAUUGUUCACCCCCUUGCCCCCGUUCCCAUUGGCCCCAGCACCGGUACCCCCGCUCCCCGGACUGGCAGCCUUCCCCUUCCCUUUCCCCAUCCCCGAGCUGCCAAACUUACCACCACCCUUUGCUGGACCAGUCCGUCCCAUACUACAGCCCCGGGGAGGAGGGAGACGGACUCAAACGUCGCCCCCUCCGCUGCGGACAGCUGGGUGCCGGCGGGAACGAUGACGGUCUUAUUCAGUUCGUCGAAGGUUAUGGCGCUCGCGGACGAGGUCGUCCAGCGGAGACAGGCGCCGUUGGGGCCCUCCUCGGUACACUCGAAGUGGCCCCCUGGAGCCGCCCCGAGAGCGGUGGCGGCUAGAGCUCCCAGAGGCACGAAUGCGGAAGCGAGACGCAUGAUCUGA